AUGAAUGUUUCUUCUGAAAAUUUUGUGGAUUAUGGACAAGUUGUUGUUGGGUGCGUGUACAAGGAUCUCCAUGAGUUACUACAGUUGAAACAGCCCACAAAGAAAAGAACAGGCAUUACAAGGCAUAUAAGCUCCAGGAUAAUGGUCAUCGCUAUGAAUCCAAAACCAGAAAAAUUGCGACAAAAUGUAAUCUUGAAGUUCAGAAACCUAGAGGAAGAAGGAAGGAAGAGAUGCGCGUUUUGGAGUGGCAGAGAAAGUUCCAUGUCAGACGGAUUUUCAUUAAAAGGAUGUGAUCUAGUUACAUCGGAAAGAAACCCGGAAGAAACAAUUUGCAGCUGCAAUCAUCUGACUCACUUUGCUGUGUUAGUCGACUACAACAGCGACUCAAAGCUCACCGAGGAGGACGAAACUAUUCUGGAAAUUACAACCUAUGUGGGACUAAGCCUUUCCAUUAUUGGGAUAGUUUUGACAAUUAUUCUAUAUUCCUUCCUCACAGAUGUUCGUCAGCCUCUGUCUCAAAUACGACUCAGUCUUUCUGUCUCCCUUGGAGCUGGAUAA